UCACCGAUCAACAGAAAGAGCCGAAGACAUUGGCUCGGUCAUGUGAUCAGCUGUGUCCAAUCACAGCUGAUCGCUGAUCAUCAGGGCACUGAUGAUCAGUGUAGCUCCAGCAGUGCCACCUGUCAGUAUCCAUCAAUGCCAGCUGUCAGUGCUCAUCAAUGCCACCUGCCAGUGCCCAUCAGUGCCUCAUCAAUGCCACAUAUCAGUGCCUACCAGUGCACAUCAAUGCCACAUAUCAGUGCCCAUUUGAGCUGCCUUUCAGUGUCACCUAUCAGUGUCAGUCAGUGCUGUCACGACUGCAAGAUCGCUGCCACCAACAUGCGACGAUCCCAGGAUCGCGACAUCCAAUAUGUGACA